AUGCCCGUUUUUUCUUUCUUUCUUUCUUUCUUUCUUUCUUCUCAAAGAAAAAAAUGGGGAAUAUUCUUUUUCUCUUUCUUGCUACCCGCAACAAGAGCCAUGAUCACCCAUGUCCCGAAGGGACACAACGUAACGGGAGUUCAAUUCUCCUCCGAUAAAAGUAACUGGAGUGAGUUAUAUAUACGUAUAACCGCGGCUGUGAAUGAACCCGAUGUUCAGCAACAGAGUUCCGAGCUUAGGGACUCCUGCAAGGAGUUCAUGGAUAAAAUAGAAUCAUUUCACAAAAUUGUGUCUUCACUGAUUGAAGUGAUGGACAGUGUUGCCAAAGAAGUACAAAAGGAAAAGAUGAAAGCAAUUGGAUCAAGAAAUCUCUUGAUGUCUGUAACAAAACAGCGUGAAGAAGAACAGAUUCAGUUGAUGGCAUUGAUAACUGAAAAGAAAAUGCAGAUGGAACGACUUCGAAUCCAGCACGAAGCACUUUUAAAACAUGAACGAGACCAGAAUGACUUUAUUGAACAGUUUAUGCUGCAAAAAUAA